ACCCGGCAAGUGACCAAGUGAUGUUAAAGCAGUUGUACAAAAGCAGAUACCUUAGUACUACUUCAGAAAAUUACAAAAAGAUCGCAGAACAAUUUUGGAGUGCAUUUCAGGAUGCUUUAGAUGUUAACAUUCGUGGAAUAGAUGAAAAGAGAAGAAUAUUGUCAAUUAUUACGGAUAAAAUUCCCUAUGAAAUAAUCAAAAAAAAGUUACCAAUUUCGCAUGCAAUCAGUCAUCACGUCCAUCUAGAAUUUGAUAUUUCACAAGGAUCAGAUAUUGAAUUAGUGAUUGAAGGAAUUCGUGGAACAUUAGUGGCCCAUCUAGAACUAGAACGUACUAAAGGUAAGACAAGUGAGUGGUCAUGCGAUGGCAAUUAUGCAGGAUACAUUCGAGCACAUGCUAUACCUAAUAUUGGUGAAUGGAACAAUUUUUCAUCAGUGAAAUUAGAAAAAUUGAAAAAGAAAGAAAUACAAAAACUGCAUCCUCAAACUUAUAAAAUUUAUAACAUACUAUCAAAUGAAAGUAUGCAUGAAGAAUUUCUACUUACAUUAGGGUGGGUGCUAAAAGAAAAUCAAAAAUUCAGAAAAAAAGAAGCAGGUAAAAGAAUUAGUAAGCAUGUAAUAGCUUAUUUGGAAAGAUAUUUUUUGGUGGGUAAUGCUGAUAAAAGUAACAGAUAUAGCAUAGAAGAAAUGUAG